CGGAACGUCCGCGGGAGCGCCGCGUUCCAAGGGGAGACGUGACGUGACCUGACGUGACGUCCGGAAGCCCGCGUGAGCUGGCCGCCGUCUCCGGCAGGAGCCGGACGUGCCGCGGGUCCUGAGCGGUAAACAAGCGGCACGUGGUAAGGAAGUGCUGUCAAUGGCGGAGCGCCGUGAUGAUGCGGCAGGAGUCUAGCGAUGAUGCGGAAGACGUGUCGCUGUUUGAUGCUGAAGAUGAGGGGCGACGAACGCCGAAGAAAAAGAAGAUCCGACAUCCAGUGGCAUGUUUCUUCCACCUCUUUUUCCGAAUUAGUGCAAUAGUUGUCUACCUUCUUUGUGAAUUCCUCAGCGAAAGCUUUAUCGCCUGCUUUGUGACAAUAAUUUUGCUCCUAUCUUGUGACUUCUGGACUGUAAAAAAUAUCACUGGCCGGCUGCUAGUGGGGUUACGUUGGUGGAAUCAGGUUGAUGACGAUGGAAAGAGUCAGUGGAUCUUUGAGGCCAGGAAGCCUUCAGGAACAGGGAAGAGAGUAUCUUCUGAAGCUGAAUCCAAAAUAUUUUGGCUGGGAUUAAUCAUCUGUCCUAUCAUGUGGGUCAUUUUUGUCUUCAGUACUUUCUUUUCCUUUAAACUGAAAUGGCUGGCUGUGGUUGUCAUGGGUGUUAUACUACAAGGGUCCAAUCUGUAUGGUUAUAUAAAAUGCAAAAUAGGAAGUGGAAAAAAUUUGACCAGCAUGGCUACCUCCUACCUAGGCCGCCAGCUUUUCAAAACGGCAUUAAAAACAGAGGAGAAAGCCGAUUCGUAAAAAAGGAAGGUCAUUUUGGAAAAUAAACCUGACACACUGUAUUUUCAGCACUGAACAGCUGAUGAUUCACAACAAUGGCAAUUUUCAGAUGUUUUCCUUUCCUUAGCAUUCACAAGGCUAGCGGCAAAUAGUUAUCUUUAUGAUUUGUUACUUUUUUAUGAGUUAAUUAUUGGACGUUGUCCAUCUCAACUUCAAAAUCAAUUGUGUGUGAUUGAGCAUGAAAUGAACUUUUGAAGGAAGAAAUAAUUUUAGAAUCAUUCCAAAUUGAUAAUCUGAUGUAGCUUGGUGUGAGGGUAUUCUUGUCACACUUUAGAAAAUAGUGGGUGGGGGAAUGCGGUUGAUGGCAAAUGGGAUCUAGCUAAUGUUUAAAACUUUUAUAAUAAACAUACACGGAUGCUGGUGGAGGGAGACUAUGUUUAGAAAUGCUGUGUGCUUUCUAAUACUAGUGUAGUGAAAGAUCUGUAAAACGUUUCUGAAGGAGCCAGGAUUUUAACAGCAUGCAUUACAGCAUUAUGAUGUUUAUUUUAUAAAGUAGAACAAUAAAUUCAUGUUUCAAUACCUUACAUGUCAGAUUGUAAACUAAGAAAAUUAGACAAAAUAUACUUUUAUAUGGACUUGGUGUUUCUAGGAUUAUUAAAAUAGAAUUUGGAAAGUGUGAUUAAAGUUGUGAAGAUUUAGUUGGUGAAUGAAGCUAUGAAGGAUGUCAAGUCAUAGCCAUAAUACAGUCAGUGAGCUACUACCAAAUACUCAGUCAAAAUAAGCUGUCAUGAAGCAUGGAAAUGUUUCUGAUGACAUAGCAUUCUGAUUUUGAAUUUUCAUUUAUAGGUAUGAAAUAAUUAAACUUUAAAAUGAUAGUCAACUCUAGAUAUCUUAAUGAAAUCUGCAGCCAAUUGCAAAGAAGGGUUUAUAUUUUGUCUUAAUAUUUUGGCUAUUAUUUGCAUCCAAAGCAGAUGACGUUUCUUUACAAGAAGCCAUGGUUGUUUUUCCACAGGAAACUUCUGCUGUGGAUGAUAACUGUGUUUUAUAAUCAAGCACAAAACUCAAGCCCUAUUUUUAAGAUCAUUUUCAACAUUUUGCCAUAAUAUGAAGAGGCAUAAUUUUGAACGGAGAGCCUUAUUAUGAUGAAAUUAACAAAUCUUUUAGCAUCUGGUGAUAAGUACAUUUCGUGUCUGUACAAUUUCUAAUGGAACAGAAACGUUAUUCUAAUAUCUAGAGAAAAAUCAAUAUUUCAUAAACGAAGGUGUUAAUAACUGAAGCUGCCAAUUUUGACAGUUCUGAUCAUGUUUGCACUCUUGUAGAUAAUAGUCUGUGAUAUAGGUCGAGCUUGAAUUUUUUGGGGGGAUUCUAUUUGUUGCAAAAAAUAGGUAUUUUGAGUUUUAAAAAGGUUUGGGUAUACCAAUUUUUGGCUUCCACUAUAAAUUACAACUAAAUUGGUGAUAACAAUAAAUAAUAUAUUCCCAUUCAAAGCUGGCAA